UAUCCAUUACCAAGAUAAACACGGAGACACGUAUACAUUUAAAAUAACAGCAGCAACCGAACUCAUCCCAUAAUUUCAUUCGAUUUCCACCAAACUUACUCCAAAGCAGAGUUUGAAGGAGGUUUAAAGAAAGACCCAUGUCACUGAUUCGACGAAUGACCGGCGGGAGGCGGCGGAGGAACGUGUUCUUCGACCCCUUCGCAUUGGAGAACUGGGAUUCAUCUGAAGAAACAGCCUCUGCUUUCAUGGACACUCAAAUCGACUGGAAAGAGACGCCAAAUGCUCACAUCUUCAAGGCGAAUCUUCCUGGUUUGAAAAUAGAAGAAGUAAUGAAUGUUAAUGAAGCCAAAAUUCUGCAGUUGAGUGGUGAGAGAAGGAAAGAGACAGAGGAGGAGAGCGAACAGUGGCACAGAGUGGAGCGGAGGAGUGGUAAGUUCUUGAGGAGAUUCAGAUUGCCGAAGAAUGUCAAAGUGGAGGACAUAAAGACAAGCAUGGAGGACGGAAUUUUGACGGUGAUUGUACCUAAAAUUGAAGGCGUAAAGCCUGAAAUCAAGUCCAUUGCAAUCUCUUAAUACAUAUGUUUACAAUCAUGUUACGUUCCAUUGAUACGUACUUCAUUGAUUGCAAUCCUUGUGUAUUAUUAAUAAUACAUAAUGUUUAAAUCA